AUGUUCAGACACGCUCUUAGACAGGUUUCGAGACAAGCUGCCAUCAGAACCUACGCCACUGAGGCGGCGACCUCGGACGCCCUCAAGCUCUCGUUGGCCCUCCCUUACCAUACCCUCUACGCCGACUCGGAAGUGCAACAAGUUAACUUGCCCUCGGUGAACGGUGACUUGGGUAUCUUGGCCAACCACAUCCCCAUUGUCGAACAACUCAGACCCGGUCUUUUGGAAAUCAUCUCCAAGGGCGGUGAAACCGAACAAUACUUCGUCUCGGGCGGCAUUGCCACCGUGCAACCCGGCAACAAGUUGACCAUCUCCGCCAUCGAGGCGUUCAAGCCCGACCAAUUCGACGCUCAAGAAAUCAAGCUGUUGAUCACCGACGCCCAAAAGAGAGCCGCUCUGUCGGACGAAGUCGUUGUUGCCGAAGCCAACAUCGAAUUGGAAGUGUUGGAAGCUUUGCAACACAUUGUCAAGGCCUAG